AUGGACUUGCCAUCGAAGCCGAUCCCUUGCCUAGGAUCCCUCCAACCACGGCCUGCAAAUUUUAACAUCAAUGAGCUCGCAGACUCGGGUAGAGACCGAAGUUGUCGGGAGCUCCAACGACUGAGAAGGUUCAAUCAGCCCCGACCCGGGACUUUGCAGCUGGCGGGUGCAUCGUUCUCAUUGAAAAUGCACGCGCCCGGAAAAUCACCGGUGUUUGCCGUGUAUUAUUCAAUUCUGGCUGCUUUCGGCGUUCCAGCCAAUAUUGUGACAAUCGCGAUUUUAUCCCAGGGAAAGUGCGGCCUCUCAAAGUGUAUCACGCGUUACCUGGUGUCCAUGGCCGUGGCGGAUUUCCUGGUCGUUAUCACCGCUGUGAUAUUAAGUCGACUCCGAGCGAUUUAUUUCCCAGUUAGUUUCUUGUCCACCACUCCGGGUUGCAGUAUUGUUACCGUCCUCAGUUGGGCUUCUAAAGACACAUCGGUUUGGUUAACGGUCGCUUUCACAUUCGAUCGAUGCAUUGCCAUUUGCUGUCAGCAGCCGAAACUCAGGUAUUGCACCGAGAAAACCGCGGCUGUCGUUAUUGGAAUAAUUUGCGCUCUCGGUUGUUUAAAAAACGUCCCCUCUUACUUUCUAUAUGAACCCGUGUAUGGGAUUGAUAACGUGCCCUGGUACUGCAAGAUAAAAGACAUGUAUUAUACUGCAAAUGCGUGGAGAGUUUAUGAUUGGCUGCGCCGUAUUUUAAACCCGUGCGUCCCUUUUCUCCUCAUUUUGGUGUUCAACGCUCUGACGGUCAAGAUUAUUUUAAAUGCAAGCAGAGCCCGCAGGAGGCUCCGGGCCCAUUGUAAUGGCGAUAAGCUGAGUGACCCGGAGAUGGAGAGCAGGAGGAAGUCCAUAAUUUUACUCCUGGCGAUCUCUGGAAGUUUCAUGCUGUUGCGAUUAACUUUUCUUGUGAAUUUUAUAUUUGUUCAAAUGACAAGCAGCAACUAUGCAAAUAGUUCCAAUUCCACUGACCCAAGGUUUAUUUUGCAAGAAAGCGGAUACAUGUUGGAGCUUCUCAGUUCCUGCACCAACUCAUGUAUAUACGCUGGGACCCAGACUAAAUUCAGGAAACAGUUGAAGGACACUGUCAAAUUCCCCUUCAAACUAAUGAGCAGCAGCUGA